AUGACCCUCCUAGGAAAAUCCAUCAAUUUUUUCAUGUUCCAGGUACUAGUUGGGUCCCACAGUCCACCGUCCAUGUAUAGUCACCGUCAUGUCGAGCCGCUGUUGUCGAGCCGCUGCCGUCAUGCCUCACCACUUAACCCAUGUCGAGCCGCUGAACCCAUGUCAAGUCGUCAUGUCGAGCCGCUGUUGUCGAGCCGCUGCCGUCAUGCCUCACCACUUAACCCAUGUCGAGCCGCUGAACCCAUGUCAAGUCGUUGUUGUAUAUGUCGAGCCGCUGCACAUCGCCGUCUCCUCCUAUUCAACGUCGUCUUCAUGGUCAACCACUUGUCGAGCGAAUCAGUACAACGCCACGAGUCGUCUACGUCGUCAUCAGGCAAGACCUUUGCCUGCGGGCAUACACCUGCCGUCCUGUAG